AUGCUAUGGGGUGGCGGGAGGGUUGGUUUAUUUCCCUUCCCCCCUGGAACAGCAUGUAUAACCACCACUGUUCCCGAGGCUCACGUCAACCCACGGGUGCAACGGGGUAAUACAACGAUUCUUUUAGUAACUGAUGACAGUAGCUGGGUAGAGCCUUAUCCCUUAGGAAAGGUGACAACCAAAUUGAUUGUGGGCACAUUCGAACUGGAGUUGUUCGGAUAUCUGAGGCAUUAUUGUCAGAUAUUGGCCAGCAUUUCAUGUCCAAGUCAAUGGGAUAGGAACUCGGGAGUUGGGGAGUGGGAGGAUGGACCACUCCAAUAUACAACCCACGUGCCAAUCAGGUAG